AUGGCUUUCCAGCACAAACUGCCUUCGUACCAAGGGAAAUUCAUGGUCCUCCAACAUGGUUCUCGCUGGGGGGCGUAUUUCCUUCCGGCGGGGCUACCAUCGCUCCCGACCGAUGCCAGCCCUUUCCGGUUAUGGGACACAGCAAUUGUGCAAACUCAUCUGCUUGACAGCUUCACCCGCAAUGAGCUGACGCGGAAGGCGGAUGAGUUGAACGUAGCCCUUCCUGCAGGCAAGCUUAACAAGACAACCUUGUCUGGCAUCCUAGCGAACUACCUGACAAAACCGUUGGACGCUGAGUUUGCCAACAGCACUACUCCGAUGGGAGCGCUCCCCGUGACAAGAGAUAGUGAUGCACUUCGCUUCCUUGAGACCCAGAAUGCCGAAAUCUCCAAGGGCAUCACCAAGGAGGAGAACAAGAAGUGCAAAAGACUUGCCAAGAAGGUGGUCAAUGUUCUUCUCCACGACACAGACCCAGAUGCUCAGAAAUUGGUGAAGCAGUUGCUGUCGCUCUCGCCCUCGGACAUCGUGAGUAUCCGCAAUAUGAUUUCCGAAGGCAUCCCAAUGGCCCUUUCCUCGGACACCGACACAGAGACCGACAAGGAAACAAUCACGCUUCUCAUUGGCUUCAAGGAUAUGAGGACUGAUGUUGGGAGCUUCUACGGCAACUUCGUUCAGAUUGACAUUGACCCGAGCCUUUCCGCCUCCUCCCUUGGUGUGGCAAUCCUUGAAGGCUACGACCAGCAGAUGGUUGGCGACGACCCCUUGAACUUGGGCGACCGCGACUUCAAGCAGGUGCUCUACCUCGGCUGGUCUCCCGAGACGAUGAUGCCUCUGAAUGACCCCAUCCGCUCCUUGAGCUCUUGGGGCAUCGGAAACCACGACAAGAUUGAGAUGCGGAUUUUCAAUGAAGGGGACAAGCGCUUCUUGGAGUUUUGGGGUGUUGGCGACACCAGCGCCAACGAGCAGGAUGAAAACGUCCUCAUGUUGCUUGUGAAGGGCAAAGACUUUGACAAGCAGACCAUCAACACCAUCCCCUCGUCGGAAAAGAAGGGAACGAUGACAAUCAAGCUGUGCGACAAGGUUGUCUUCUACGAGUUCGGAGAAAGGAACACGGUGGGAGACGCAUGCAAAGCGUUGGCAGACCACUUUGGGGCGGAGCUUGACUUCGGACCUUCGGGCAACUAUCGCAUGAAGUACCUCAACAGCCCUUCCACCCUGUACCUCUACCAGUCCAUUUGGGCAGAGUUGGCAGAGCCUGGCCAGACCCCGAACGUGGAAGUUGUCCCCGUCGGCCUCAGAGGCGGUGGCAAAGCAUCCGUCAUCAAGGCGAAGGAGAAGAGCGAGACCUACAAGCGCAGGGCAUCGGAGAUGGCAAAGAAGGUGUUGCAGAGCACAAAGACCACAAUCAGCGAUGUUGGUGUCUUAGAGGCGAUGAUGACAGCCUUCCAUCAGAAGGCCGAGACCAACCCCGCCGAUGCAUUCGCUGACAUCUUCAAAAGCCAUCACAGCGUGGAUAGCAUCAAUUCCCUCUUGGAGGCUAUGGACGAGGUAGGUGGAAAUAGCGGGGAUGUGCGUGUCCGCAAACUUUGCCCGUACCUUGUCGGCCCAUUGAUGAACAUUGACUCCCAAAUUAAGAGUUUGGAGGCAGUCAAGGAGAGCGUUGAGGCGUCCAUGUGCUGGGGAUACAACCUCGCUGUCAGCAGUUCUGAUGAUGGGAAGUUUGAUUUGAAAGUGCUUCGUGCUUUGGCGCAGAGCGCUAAGGAUAGAAUGUUGGGGGCACUGGAAGCAACCUCAUCCAUGCCCGUUCCUAUGGCAACCUGA